UUUUUUUCUACGAAUAUGUGUAAGAACGAGCUAGCCUGAAACCGCAAACCGGAACCUCGUGAAGGAUAAUUUUUGGAUACCAACAGAAAGCGAAAAGGACUGUGAUGACAUGAGGAAAAGACCCGAUUUGCGACCUCUUUCUCGACAUUUGAAGAACAUUCCACUAUGGGAGAGGCCUGCCCCAAAGUAUCCUCUUUAUCGGCCUGGAAACCCACAAACUCGUCUAUUUCUGCCACAGUUCUGGAUGAAAAUCUUACGAGAUGAAAGAAACAGGGCACCUCCAAACUCAGUCCAUUUUGAAGUUCAUAGAGAAAUGGGAAAAAGUGACAUUCAGCAAUACUUGGAGAAGAUAUAUCAAGUCAAAGUGUUGAAGAUAAGAACGUACACAAUAGAGGGAAAGGAUGCCAAGGAGAGAGCCAUUGAUGAAUCUUGGCUGAGGUCAACGUUUAUAACAACCGACUUUGAUAGAAAGUUUGCCUAUGUUACUCUGGAGGGUACAACCUUUGAUUUUCCUGCUGGGAUCACGGAGGGGUACACAAAGAAAUUUAACAGAGAGGAGAAGGAAAUGAGCAAACAUAAACUGAAGGAUGCCACAGACUCUGACACUAGAGGAAUCCCCGACUUCUUUAUACAAUAACUCACAGACUCUGACACUAGGGGAACCCCUUACUUCUUUAUCAUUGUGUGUUGUUGUAUAAAUAGGAGGAGACUGGAUUCUGAUAUGUGUGUACAAGUGUAUAUGUAUAAAAUUUGUACAGCUCUUUGUACAGUUUGAUUAGACAAUGUUUAUAUCUAUCAUUUGAUAUGGAAAUCAUGUCACAACAAUACUGGUUUACUCAUUGAUUUUAUCUUUUUCAAGAGUAGUUUAUAUGUAUUGUUUGAAUUAAACUUUAAAAUAAAAGAUAAUGAUAAAAA